UAGUGUAGUAAGGCACCAAAAGCUAGUCUGUGAGGGGGACUUCACUUCACUGAGACACCAUCUGCGUCUUUCUCCAGAAUCGCUCCGGACCGCACUUGAUGUCCUUUUGAUUCUUAAAAACGAAAUUUCACAUUGUUUAUUCGGUUAAUGCAUGAUCUAGAUUUCGAGAGAAUUAAUUAACCGUUUGGAUGCAUUGCGUUCCGUAUCCUCCCCGAAGCUCAAGCUGUACAAAAGCAUUUUCAACUACGGCCGGUCGGCGGCAGGAGCAAUGGGAAAGAAAGAAAUACCAUUUUUUUCUUGGCAAUAACCUGAAUUAGAUAGGCUGAAAUAAAUUCAAGCUACUUGUCAAUUUCAAGACAAGAAAGUACUCUCAGGAAACGACAAUUGUUCAGCUUUGGAGAAAUUGGACCAGUAAUUUUCUUCAAAGAAAAGUAGAGGAUCAUUUCCAACUGUUUGGAUGCGGUUAUAUGAGAAUGAGUCAAUGCCCCAUGUAACUGGUACCGCAAGGAUAUACGAAAAAGGGAACCGAUUUUUAAAUGGUCCUUGAGUGAGUAGCCUGGUCGAUACGCGCAAAUAGCAGGUUAUGAUUUCUCCCUAAACCAGCGUGAAAGAGCCAUUGCAAUAGAAAACUCGGGAUUGCACUGUACAAACGGCUGCCGUUUUUCCUUCCCGAUAUAGCCAACCGAGGCUACACCUGUUCCAUAAGGAGAAAUUAUACCAAAAGAGAUAAGGAGAAGCACUGCUAAAAACAGCAACAACGUCGAUUGAUGUUAAAGAGCCAGCGUGUCAGCAGCAGUGUGCCCCAGCAUCCUGCAGAGUGGUGAGGGUGGUGUUUGGGAUGCGGAGAGCCGUAUAGGAGCUGAGUGGGCACCUCACCUCAACGCCGUCUGCUUCCUGUGCCGCUUCAAGAUGGAUUAGAGACUAACGCCUCCGGAGAUCAAAGGUGGCUGUGACAGGGGGACCCCCGGGGCAGGACCCAUGAGGAGUCAUAGAAGAUGCUCGCAGCCUGGGCGCCUCUGCUCCUCUUAGCCAUGUGGGUGAGAUGUUCCUCCGCUGGGCCGCUCUCCUUCAGAAUAGCCGCCAUACUUGACGACCCAAUGGAGUGCAGCCGGGGAGAGAGAUUGGCCAUCACUCUGGCGAAGGACAGCAUCAACCGGUCCAGUAACCGUUCCACAACAGGCAAGCUGGAGGUGGACAUCUUUGAGCUGCUGAGAGACAGUGAAUAUGAGAUGGGAGAGACCAUGUGCCAGAUCCUGUCCAAGGGAGUGGUGGGAGUCCUGGGUCCCUCCGCCAGCCCUGCUUCCAAUUCCAUCAUCAGCAAUAUCUGUGGAGAGAAAGAGGUGCCCUAUGUGAAAGUGGCCCCUGAGGACAUUCUGAAGGUUCAGUUCCCCCGCUUCACCACCCUAGACCUGCGCCCCACCAACACAGACAUCAGCCUGGCCGUGGCUGGCCUGCUCACCUUUUUCAACAGCACUACAGCCUGCCUCAUCUGUGCCCAGGCCGACUGCUUAUUAAAUCUGGAGAGACUGUUACGCCAGUUCCUCAUCUCCAAGGAGACACUAUCGGUUCGCAUGCUGGAUGACAGCCAGGAUCCCACACCCCUUCUCAAGGAGAUCCGCGAUGAUAAGACUGCCACAAUCAUUGUGGAUGCUAACGCAACAAUGUCCCACAUAAUUUUGGAAAGGGCGUCGGAGCUGGGCAUGCUGUCCGUCUACUACACCUACAUCUUCACCUCGCUGGAAUUCUCUCUGCUGCGAUUGGAUGACGUGCCCAGUGAGCGGGUGAACAUUCUGGGCUUUUCCGUUUUCAACCGAACACAUCCAUUUUUCCAGGAUUUCCUCCUCAGCCUCAACCGUUCCUGGCAGGAAAACUGUGACCACGCCCCCUUCGCCGGCACACCGCUCUCGUCGGCGCUGCUGUUUGACGCAGUGCACGCGGUGGUUGCGGCGGUCCAGGAGCUCAACCGUAGCCAGAACGUGGGCGCCACGCAGCUCUCCUGCAAGUCCUCCAAGAUCUGGGAGCAUGGCACCAGCCUCAUGAACUACCUGAGGAUGGUAGAAUUGGAAGGACUAACGGGCCACAUUGAAUUCAACAGCAAAGGCCAGCGGUCCAACUACGCCCUACGGAUCAUGCAGAACAGUAGAGACGGCCUAAGGCAGAUUGGCCAGUGGCACUCCGAGCAGGGCCUGUCCAUGGAGAGGAAGCUUCCAUCAAUCAACGUGACCGACACUCUCUUCAACACCACCCUCACUAUCACCACUAUUCUGGAGAACCCUUACGUGAUGCUACGACCAAACCACCAGGAGAUGGAAGGGAACGAGCGCUAUGAGGGCUUCUGUGUGGACAUGCUGAAGGAGCUGGCGGACAUCUUGAAGUUCAAGUACUGUAUCAAUCUGGUGGGGGACGGGGUGUACGGGGUAUCUGGGACCAACGGUACCUGGACGGGCAUGGUGGGAGAGCUCAUCUCAAGGAAAGCGGACCUGGCCGUAGCGGGGCUCACCAUCACCGCAGAGAGGGAGAAGGUUAUCGAUUUCUCCAAGCCUUUUAUGACUCUGGGAAUCAGCAUCAUGUACCGUGUGCACUUGGGGCGCAGACCUGGCUACUUCUCCUUCCUAGACCCUUUUUCCCCUGGGGUGUGGCUCUUUAUGCUGCUAGCCUACCUGGCAGUCAGCUGUGUGCUCUUUCUGGUUGCCAGACUCACCCCUUACGAGUGGUACAAUCCCCACCCCUGCUUGAAGGGGCGCUGUAACCUCCUCAUCAACCAAUACUCGCUGGGCAACAGUUUCUGGUUCCCCGUGGGGGGGUUCAUGCAGCAGGGGUCCACCAUCGCCCCCCGCGCCCUCUCCACGCGCUGCGUCAGUGGAGUAUGGUGGGCGUUCACCCUGAUCAUCAUCUCGUCCUACACGGCCAACCUGGCUGCCUUCCUCACUGUCCAGAGGAUGGAGGUGCCCAUUGAGUCAGUGGACGACCUGGCUGACCAGACGGCCAUCGAGUAUGGCACCAUGCACGGGGGCUCCACCAUGACCUUCUUCCAGAACUCGCGCUACCAGACGUACCAGCGCAUGUGGAACUUCAUGCACUCCAAGCAGCCCAGUGUGUUUGUGAAGAGCACAGAGGAGGGCAUCGCCCGCGUGGUCAACUCCAACUAUGCCUACCUGCUAGAGAGCACCAUGAACGAGUACUACCGGCAGCGCAACUGUAACCUCACCCAGAUAGGAGGUCUGCUGGACACCAAGGGCUACGGCAUCGGCAUGCCAGUGGGGUCAGUGUACCGGGAUGAGUUUGACCUUGCCAUCCUCAAGCUGCAAGAAGACAACCGUCUAGAGAUCCUGAAGAGGAAAUGGUGGGAUGGUGGCAAGUGUCCAAAGGAGGAGGAUCACCGUGCCAAAGGACUAGGCAUGGAAAACAUAGGCGGUAUCUUCGUGGUGCUGGUGUGCGGUCUCCUGGUGGCCAUCUUCAUGGCGGUGCUGGAGUUUAUGUGGUUUCUGCGGCAGACGCCCGGAACAGAGCUGUCGGUGUGUGAGGAGAUGCUACGGGAGCUGCAGGGGAUCGUCCUGUGCCGGGACAGCCUACAGCUGAGGCGUCGGCGGGGGACGACCAUGCUCCGUCCUCGCCCCCUACCCCUGGAGGAGCGCCGGCGGGCUGCUGCUGUCAGCUUGAGCAAUGGCAAGCUGUGUGGCGCUGCCGCCGGCCUGCCCCUCUCCGAGCCCUUCUCCCACAGACUGGCACAGGAGGCAGCUCUGGUGGCGCGGGGCUGCAGCCACAUCCGCAUCUGCCCUGAGUGCCGGCGCUUCCAGGGGCUGCGUGGCAUGCGUCCCGGGGGCGGCCCCAGCCAUGGGGCCUCGCCGACUCACAGCGAGGAGAGCAUAGAGUGGGAGAAAACGACCAACAGUAGCGAACCCGAAUAACAAGGAAGCACCCCCUUGACCUAGACAACCCCUUUAUACCUACCUAGACCACCACACACCCACUGUACUACUGUACCCAGUAGGCACCCCUCCACAGGGGCAACAGGGAGCAUCAUGGGAAGGUCAUGUGGUACUGUGACAGGAGCUGCUUUGGUCCUGGUGCGUUUGAUGUUGGAGGACAGCGGCUGGGGCGAUGUCUUUGGCUGUGGAUAUUUUGAGCGCGUCACCCGUGGAAGGGAUCUUUGAGCUCUGGAAUGAUGCCCUGGGCUUAGAGAUGGAACUGCCAUUGGACAUAUCCAUAGAGACUACCAGAGGAAGUCCGUGAGAAGGGACACAACCUCUCUGUAUGGGCUGUCUGUCUCGAAGGCCCCAUGCCCUGUCUAGGAUGUGAAGGACACAGGUUAUGGUGCAUUUGUACUAUGCAGUAUUUUCUGUCACUCAUUGUGCUAAUUGUUGAUCUGUUUUUAAAUUAUUUCUCCUUUUGUUGUGUUCUUGACAUUGAUCAUAUUGUUACCAUUCUAUUGUUCUCUGAGACGAUACGAUGUUUUCUUUUCCCGAGUGUGUACAUUAUUGCCUUUUCAGAGCUACAAACAGAGAACACAUAGAAAAAGACUUCCAAUGCAGCAUCAUUCUUUGAAUACUUUUUUUUGUGUGUGAAAGUGCCAAAAAAAGAAGCUGAUCUUGAACGAUGGGCAUCACGGCCUUGAGACAACGACGACAAAGAGAACCGAAGAUAAAAACAAACACAAUGACUUGUUUUAUAAUAGUGAUUAUAUUCUAUACAAAAAUAUGUUUUAGAUAUAUUUCUGAAAGACAGCAAUGCAUGUCAGCAAGUGUGAUGCUGAUGAUUGGAGGGGAGAAUGAGUUUCCCGUUCAAAGAAUUUGCCCAGAGACACAAAGAACCCCAAUGUAAUCAGAAAUAGUCAUCAUUCAUUCCCUUUGCUCAUGUGUGGGACCUGUCUCUUGAUAUUGCCCCCAGAUCAUGGGGCAUUAACACUAGAUACCACAACAUACCACCAUUUUGAGUUUCUUCCCAUUGCCCACUGUGGUAUACAGUCUCAUAUGAAUCGCAUAUACUGUAAGUGAUUGAUAUGAGUUCACUAUUCCCAAUUUGUGCUCUCUAUUCCAUCUGUUCAACACUCUCUCGUCUUCGUGCUGCACUAUUGCCUUGACAUGACCCAGACCCACUCUCUGCGGCGUGCACCAUACACUCAUGCACGCGCGCAGGAAUGCACGCACUCACACAUGCGGGCACAAAGGCAUGCGCGGCACAUACACACAGACACUACAUACACAGUACACACAGGCAAUGCAGAUAGUCACACUGCAGAGGUAGAGUCAUACUGAGAUGGUGGCAUUGGGGAAGAAUCCAACACAUUCCAGAACCAAUUCAAACUGAAUGCUCCCGUAAAUGUUUUUACAGGAAUUUUACUUUGAUUUUUUAAAGACCCCAAAUGAAACAUUGUCUUACGCUUUCAUAUGUAUGAGGGGUUUGAAGUCUUUUAUGUGACAUUUUUUCCUGGAUCACCAUCUGUUUUGUAAAUUCUGCAAUAUGCAUCGCAAAAAAAUUAUAUGGAGCCUAAAUUAAAUGGGAAUAAUUGGGUAGAGGCCUACUGAUUUCCCAAUUCGUACAAACUUCAAUUUUGGGGUGAGCUGUCCCUCGAACCAUCAACAGAGACCCUCAUUGCAAGAUCUGGGUCCUAUUAAUUAGGCACCAAACUGAACAAAAGGGGUGAAACAGGGAGGGCCUACUUGAACUUGUCCAAUCAGAAACUUAGCAAAAAUAAAAUGGAAGUGUUUUCCAUCACAUGCCCUAAUGAAUACGACCCUUGUAAUGAAAUCAAGGCCAGAUUUGAUUUGUGGAGCAAAGCUGUUCUUUCUCCGUGUGUUCAUUCAAGUUGAUUUAUUCAGUGUACCAUAUCGCAAAUUCUUCGAUGUAGCAUAUAAUGUUACUCAUUUCCUGGAUGUUUUAUAAGUUGCUGGUGGUGUCCUUGAGAUUUGCUGUUUUGGCUGUGCUUUUCUACUAAAUGGACUAAAAUGAGUGGGCGACAGUGAACAACUGUGGCCUGUCUGUCAACAUUAGGCUUUGAUGGAUCCGUCUCCUUGACAAUGCCCAAAAGGUGUGCCACUCAUAUGUCAAGAGUGCCUGAAACCAGGCCAUCUUGACAAAGUAUUUGAUUGGAGGCAUCCAGGUAUGUUAGGUUCAUUUGUAUUUGUCACAUCCAAUCUAAAAUCUGGAUGGACUCUUUCAGCAUUUGAAUUGAAUCCACUAUUUAGUUGAUAUCAUUCAUCUCUAAAAUUGCUUUUCAAGGCAUCUAUACAACGCGUCAGUCAAACAUUCCCCAUAGUAUAUGCGUUCUCCUGCCUUAGUGUAGGCGGCUGAAAAACCUAGGCCAUAUAUUUUUACAAUUAUGAUAAUGAAACGGCUAAGCAGAUUGCUUAGGUUGGGUCAAUGAGGAUCUGAGACUGGAGAAAGAACUGUUGUCUAUUUUCAUAAAGCCUUCAUCUAUAUCUCUUGAGCCAGCAGGCCACAAAUGCAAAAGAUCUCUUUAGAACAGUGGUAUUCAAACUUUUUCAGCGGGGAAUCCAUUUUUUCCGCCAGAAUGUCUGGGGACCUCGUUUUUUUCCCAGAGAAUUUCUCGCGAACCAACCACAAAUCGAAUGACACAACCUUAAAAUCUGUACAUUUACAUUUUUACAUCAAUAAAUAACCUUCAAUUCAUUGCACUUUCAUCUCUUAUAAAAAAAAAUAAAAGAAACCAAUAAACACAUUUACUGAAUAAAAUUAUAUUUUCGAAUGAUCUUUCUCAAAAACAUUUCUAUAUUGUUCCAUACAAUAAUCUGUACACUAAAUUGUUUGUUCCUAAAAAAAAUCUACAUGCUGAUUGAGUGUACAAAACAUUAGGAACACCUGCUCUUUCCAUGACAGACUGUCCAGGUGAAUCCAGGUGAAAUCUAUGAUCCCUUAUUGAUGUCACUUGUUAAAUCCACUUCAAUCAGUGUGGAUGAAGGGGAGGAAACAGGUUAAAGAAGGUUUUUUUAAGCCUUGAGACAAUUGAGAUAUAGAUUAUGUAUGUGUGACCUUCAGAGGGUGAAUGGGCAAGACAAAAGAUUUAAGUGCCUUUGAAUGGGGUAUGGUAGUAGGUGCCAGGCGCACCGUUUAGUGUUUUAAGAACUGCAACGCUGCUGGGUUUUUCAUGCUCAACAGUUUUCCGUGUGUAGCUAGAAUGGUCCACCAUUAAAAGGACAUCCAGCCAACUUGACACAACUGUGGGAAGCAUUGGAGUUAACAUAGGCCAGCAUCCCUGUGGAACGCUUUCGACACAUUGUAGAGUCCAUGCCCCAACAAAUUGAGGGUAUUAGGAAGGUGUUGCUAAUGUUUUGUAAAAAAAAAAAAAACAUUUUUUAAACAUUUUGCCUACCCCACUGCAGCGACCCCAACUUUGAAUACCACUUUUUUUAAAGGUUCUCUCACUUCAAUGCUAGAAAAUCACUAGUGAAUUAAUUUAGUAGCCAAUGUCACCACAUUCAACAAAUAUGAAGUAUGCCCCAUUAAAAGUCCCUCAAUAAAACCAAAUGUGGUGUUGUAAUUUAACAAUUCCUUUACUUGUGGUAUGCAGGGCCAUUCUAUUCCUUAGUUUCAUUUUACAAAUGAAAUCAUCAUCUGGGAUCAUCAUCCGUUUUCAAAGGAUUCGAUUUCUUCUCAAAUGCCUGUUCAUUUUACCACUAGAGACCAGUCCGACAUGUUUCCAUACAAUGUGAAUACCCGUCAAAUAAAUUAUGUUUUAUGCUUUACAAGAGGUUUUACCCUGUGAGUGACGUUGUCCUGGUUUUUGAUGUAUAACUAUUCUCUGAGAAAUGUUUUCUGUACAGUGCGUUUGUUUUCGAGCUUCUAUGGAUACAGAGAGAGGGGGUAAAGAAUAGGCUGUACAGAGCUCAUUGUUAUAUCAUACAGAGGCUAUAGUGUCAAUGCACACAAUCCUCUUAUGGAACAUUGUUGUCAUAAGUGUGUAAAUACAGAAUGCUCAACCAGGGUUUCCCUGUGGAGGUUCCAGGGGCUCUCUAUUUCUACAAGCCCUCAGCCUAACCAUCAAAUUGAACUUGUGGGAACACAUCCACACAUCCACAUACAAGCACAUACAACUACAGGCAUGAUGAGUAAUGAUACAUUCACACCCUAAUUAUCAGUUUUUCUAUAAUAUCUAGUUGCUAGGUCACAGAGAUUGCGUCCUAAAUGGUGCCUUUUUUGCUAUUACCUGCUCUGGUCAAAAGUAGUGUGCGCUAUAUAGGGAAUGGGGUGCCAUUUGGGAUGCAAACUGAGACAAUGUGGGGUCAGCUGGAUGAACUCCCGGGUUUAGUGGGAUUCUGUGCACCUAACUUUUAUGCACGAAAACAUUCAUAGACAUUAAAUCAAGCCUAGUUGAAAUGAGAUUGCCAAUUACCUUGAAGGCUAAAGGGAGUUGAAUUGGAAUGAAGAGGAAUCGUCAUGUAGAAGAAGUAGCACUCAGACUUUCACUGGGAGACCUUGGGCAGGAUUUGGCUGCUAAUUUCUAUGCUUUAUUUUCUUAUGUUGUCAUUUUUAUUCCACUAUAAAUACAUUUCUUAAAACAUAAACCGCCAUUGUGAGGGUUU